UCCCUGCAGAAGCUGUGGCAGUUAUCGGUGCAUGCAGGAAAAACCGACGUAGAGCUUCAGGAGGUAGUGAACGGUCGGACCGUCUGGGAACAAGAUUUAUAAUGAACAGGAUACGAAUCCACGUUUUGCCUUCGAGUCGGAAUCGGGUAACCCAGACAGCCCGACCCCAGGAGCCCCAGGCCUGCUCCUUCACCCAGCGACCAUGCUCUCAGCCGCGCCUCGAAGGCCUGGAGUUCUGCAUCAAACACAUCCUGGAGGACAAGAACGCACCAUACAAGCAGUGCAGCUACGUCUCUGCCAAGAACGGAAAGCGCUGCCCCAAUGCUGCACCAAAGGCAGAGAGGAAAGAUGGAGUGACGUUCUGUGCAGAGCAUGCUCGCAGGAAUACCAUGGCUCUCCGAGCACAGAUGAGAAAGGCUUCUAGUGGUCCAUCAGCAGAGGCCCUGUUAUCUCAGCUGAGCGGGUACAACCGCUCAGAAGCACACAACCUUGAUGGAGGACACUCUGAAGCUAGCCGCAUUCUUGAGGAGGACAGUUUGAGUGAGGAGGAGCAGGGACCCUUGGUACUAGACCAGACAUGGAGAGGAGACCCAGACAGCGAGGCCGACAGUGUUGACAGUGAGCACGAGGAUCCUCUGAAACAUGCAGGUGUAUACACCGCAGAGGAAGUGGCGCUCAUCACUCGAGAAAAACUCAUCAGGCUUCAAUCCCUCUACAUUGACCAGUUCAAACGCCUUCAACACCUGCUUAAAGAGAAAAAGCGUAGAUACUUGCACAACCGCAAAGUGGAGCACGAUACUCUAGGAAGCAGCUUGCUGACAGGGCCUGAAGGUCUGUCCAUGAAAGAAAGGGAGAACCUGAAGAAGCUCAAAGCUCUGCGCAGAUACCGUCGUCGGUAUGGUGUGGAGGCCUUGUUGCACCGGCAGCUGAGGGAGAGAAGGCAGGCUGUGACAGAAGGAGCUUCACAGACGCACUCAAGAACGGUGAAUGAAAAAUGCAUCUCCUUUGUGGAGGGAACCCGAUGUACCAAUCCCUGUCUGCCUUUGGCCCGGCACUGUGUCUCACACAUCUACCAAGACAGCAACCAGGUGCUUUUCAAAAUGUGUCCGGGUCUCAAAGAUGUCCCAUGUGACCGUACCGUACACAUGGGUCAGUCUGAUGACCCUCGAUGUCCACUUCACCUCACCCUGCCUCCCCCCAUGUACCAGCCUGAGCAGGAGCCCCCGCCACAGGAGCAGUUCACCCCCGCAAGCAAAGACAUGUAUCUGAGUGCAGCAGAGCUUCAGCCCACAGAGAGCCUUCCACUCGAGUUCAGCGAUGACCUGGAUGUGGAGGGGGACGGUAUGCAGGGUCCUCCAUCUCCUCUACAGUUUGACACAGCCUUGGCACUGGAAGACCAGACCAUCAGGGCCAUAGCUGAAGCCCCAAUGGACAUCCUGACUGGAGAAGACCCAGACCAGGUCGACUUGGACCCCUCAGCACAGGAGCUCUCGGAAAGGGAUGUGGAUGCCAUCAUGGAUGAUCAGGUGGUGUCGGAGGUGGUUGGAGGAGAAGACGACGCCACUGACAAUUCACUGCAGGACAUCGAUACUGCUGCAACCGACGCUCCCAGAUGAAUAAGCUCCUGGAACAAUCUGUCUGAAACAUUUUAUAAUACAAUCUAAUGGUUGUUGUGUGAAUCUGGUGGUCUGUGAGGGACAGUGGAAGAAAACAUGGCCUCGGGGAUGUUUAGAGGAUAUGGUACAGGUUUGGGUAAAUAUGUAUAAGAGAAAAUAGAUUAAAAGACAACUACACACUGAUUUGAAUACAAGUGAAGAAAUGGAAAGCUGCCUGCCACAUUUGUUCAUGAGCUACGCAGGAGUAGAAAACAAAUCCUCAAAUGAACUGCAGCUCUGUAAGGUUUCAAUAAACAUGGAUAAUGUUUAAUUAAUAACUUCUCUCUGGUUAUCAGUAAAAUGUUUGGCCUGUUGACACCAAACUUCCCCGGUUAAUUCACUGAAUGGUUCCUUAGUCAUGUCUUCUUUCACUGUAAAUGGAACUGUACUUUUCUGGCUCCAUUAUAAAGAUUUACUCGUGUUUCAUUUCUGUAAAAACUCACCCAGAGUCACUCCUGAAACUAAAGUCACCUUCAGGAAAAAAUGGCCCCUGUAGUUCAGUUUGUCAUGUAUUUAUUUCCACUUCAUCCAUUUUUAUGGGUAAACUCGCCUUAAAACUGUACCUGUUCUGUGGCGUCUCAGUUUCGCACCAGUUCUUGUGUUAAUGAUAAAAAGGCAUCCGUCUGUCAAAGUAUAAAUAAACUAUUUUCUGAUACA